AUGUCUGAAUCAAUUCUCCAUGCCAAUCCAAGUUCCCUAAUAUGCAAGACAAAUAUUAGACUCAACGAACAAAUAACUUUUUCUUGUCGGCAAAUUGAAAGCUUGAUGAAACUUCAGUUAUCAAAUAUGAAACCACAAGAGUGCGUAACGUUAGUUGCGUCUAAAUUAAAACUUCAUAAUAUUGAAGAGAAUUGGAUACAUGCUUGGUUGGCUGACAGGAUAUCCAGCGUCGUAAAAAACAUACAACUUUCGCGUUUUAAUCUUCAACAAGGAGUCGUCAUUGUGCGUUGGAUUGUCCAUUAUAUGUCUUUAGUUAUCGUUGAAAAGUUGAGUAAAGUUAUGUUGUUCGAAAAAUUGCGCAUGGGCAUCACUGUUGCACUUGAAAACGCCGGUGAUAAUAUGAUACCACCUCCAAAUAGUACCGAAUGUACGAUGAGUUUCGUGUCUACGACCAAGUCCAAAGGGAAAAACGUGACGAUCUCGGACUCGGAUAUUUCGAAGCCAACUGCUAUACAAAUAGCUGCAAUUAUUGCAAACACUUUACAUGAAAUUUUUUGGGACGAUUUCAAGUAUACUGUAGUACAAAUGGCAUUCAACACUGACCCGAUACAAAAGAAUAAAGAUUUGAACAGGAUAAAAGACCUUGACCCUUUGUAUCUAAAAAAUAAUAGUGAUGACGUGCAAAACGAAAGCACCGCCGACGAAGACAAUGAAUGUUACGAUGUGCGAAUUUGUGCGAUUAUGAACAGAUACUUUUUCCGGGAACCGAUCAACCCGUCUUUUAAUUUCGAUCGGCUGAUAAUAAGCUUAAAUCAGUCAAUGUGUCGUAGACGCAAACUCUACGUUUUGGAUAAGGAUAAUAAUGACGAGAGCGUUCGCUCUACCAAGAAUGUUAAAAAUGUAAAAAUACAACAAUAG